UGUUUCUUUCGGACGCGUCCGACAUACUGAGAACCGAUUAGCUGUUGAUACUGCGCAUGCGUGAACCUUCAAAGGAAAUUAUACAUAUUGGGAUAUGCAUUUGUCUAUUGUGUAGCCUAUUUUUUUUGAUUGGCUGAUAAGUGGCGGGAGAGCGUGACAAAAGACCGACAUGAGUGACACUCUCAAUGCGUGACACUUGAGAGCUCUGAGGUCCAUUAAGACAUUAAGGUUAUGAAGAGAUAAGGUGGACUAAAGUUUCUUGUUUUGGUCAGCAUCAUCAUCACUACUUAAUCCGAGCCUCCAAUACCGGAAGCAGAAAUCAGACUCCUUUAGAUCUCUGUUGAUGGACUUUUCGACCUCCAUAAACGCGCCCGUCAAGUCUGCCGAGGGCGGAAGGCGUCCUGCGGCACAAAUUAUAACACCCUACAUAGUGCACCUAUAAAGGGAGGCUUAUUUUCGCUGACGUCACAUAGCCACAUCACCAACCCGGAAGUGAGACCUGAGCUUUACAGCAACUGACCAACCAUGGCACAGUUUGAGAAAGUAUCCCAGAAAUCUGCUUGCCAUCCCAAACCAAACGGACUGACUUUGCAGUACGGUACAGCAGGGUUUCGCACCACUGCAAAUCAUUUGGAUCACGUGAUGUUCCGCAUGGGUUUGUUGGCCACGCUGAGGUCCAAAAAAACCAAGUCCACCAUUGGUGUCAUGGUCACUGCCUCUCACAAUCCAGAGGAGGACAACGGUGUGAAGCUGAUUGACCCAAUGGGGGAGAUGGUGACUCCAGCUUGGGAAGGCUAUGCCACUGUGCUGGCUAAUGCAGAUCAGGAAGAUUUGUGCAGUGUACUUGGUGAUAUCAUUGGGAAAGAAUCCAUCGACAUGAGCGAGGCCGCAAACGUCGUCACUGGCCGUGACACUAGGCCAAGCAGCGAGAACCUGUCCCGGGCCGUGUUGGAUGGGGUUUCCUGUUUACAAGGCCAUAGUCAUGACUACGGCCUGGUGACCACACCUCAGCUGCAUUACAUGGUUCUAUGUCGCAACACCAAUGGCCGCUACGGUACCGCUACAAUACAAGGAUAUUAUGAGAAACUCUCCAAGGCUUUCAUUGAGCUCACAAAGAAUGCCCCGAAACGCACGGAUGACCAGAAGAGGCUGCUGGUGGAUGGGGCCAAUGGGAUCGGAGCAUUAAAGAUACGAGAAAUAGAGGUGUUUCUCAAGUCCGAGCUGCUGGUGGAGCUCUUUAAUGACGGCAGCAGCGGCAGACUUAACUAUCUGUGUGGAGCUGAUUAUGUGAAAGUUCAGCAGAAACCUCCACAAGGUAUGGAUAUGACGGCGGGUCAGCGCUGCUGCUCCUUUGACGGUGAUGCUGAUCGCAUCGUUUACUAUUACAAGGACUCUGCUGGACACUUCCAUCUUUUGGACGGAGAUAAAAUUGCUACUCUCAUUAGCACAUACCUCAAGGAGCUUUUGACACAGGCAGGGCUGAAUCUGCAGGUUGCUGUGGUUCAGACAGCGUAUGCCAAUGGAAGCUCUACACAGUACCUUGAAAACGUCAUGAAGGUUUCAGUGUGCUGCACGAAGACAGGAGUGAAGCAUCUCCAUCACGCCGCUCAGGAAUUCGACGUCGGAGUUUAUUUUGAAGCCAACGGCCAUGGAACGGUUCUGUUCAGUAAAAAGGCAGAGGAGAAGAUCCAGCAGCUAGCCAAAGACCCGAACGCAAGCGAUGAGCAGAAACAUGCAGCAAAGCUUCUGGAGAACACUGUGAACCUCAUCAACCAGGCUACAGGUGAUGCCAUUUCAGAUAUGCUGCUGAUUGAAGCAGUGUUGGCUAUCAGAGGGAUAACUGUUCAGGAUUGGGAUGCCAUAUACUCAGACCUGCCCAAUCGCCAGCUCAAAGUCAAGGUAGCGGACAGGCGUGUGAUAGACACAACAGAUGCAGAGCGUAAGGCAGUAACACCAGCAGGACUACAAGAGUCCAUAGAUGCUCUGGUCAAGAAGUACAAACAAGCCAGAGCCUUUGUCCGACCCUCUGGCACUGAGGAUGUGGUCAGAGUGUAUGCUGAAGCUGACACGCAGGAGAGUGUCGAUGGCUUGGCACAUCAAGUGAGUCUGGCAGUAUAUCGACUAGCUGGAGGAGUUGGAGAAGAGCCCAAGCCUUUAAAGUGAUGCUGAGUGACAUAAACACUACAUUAAUAGAUGAUUCAGAUGAUCUUCUGAUUUGAUGCCGAUGCUGCACUUCAAUGUUUGCACUUUGCCUUCAUGUUUUUAUGAACUGUGAAAAAAAUAUUUUUUUGUACUAUGAUAUUAAAGAAAAAAGAAGAAAUCUUUGAAAUCAGCAAUAAAAGAUAAUGAUAUCAUAA